AUGCAGAAUUUAACAACAGCAGGAAGCCACUCACAUCUCCACACCUGGAUUGAUGAUGGGGAGGAAGUGGUGUCACUGGAACCAGAAGUCGAGACCUUCUUAUGGGAGGUAUGGUCCCAGAGCAAGGUUCCAGGGCAGGACUCUGUCCCCGGCAGCAGGCGCAGGGACAGCUGGGCUCAGCCCCACCUCACGGAGGGCAGCCCCAAGUCCAACGGGACUGGGCAGACACUGGAUUCUCCCAUCCUCUGCACAGAAACAGUGACUUUCACUGCAGUGGUGGAAGGAGAGGAACGGGGCUCCUUCUACUACUCCUUUAAGACUGAGCAGUUGAUAACUCUGUGGGUCCUCUGUGUUUUUACCAUUGUUGGAAAUGCCAUCAUGCUGUUCUCUACACUGAGAAGGAAGAGGAAGUCGAGAAUGACCUUUGUGGCUCAGCUGGCCAUCACAGACUCUUUCACAGGACUGGUUAACAUCUUGACAGAUAUCAUUGGGAGAUUCACUGGAGACUUCAUGGCACCUGAUCUGGUUUGCCGAGUAGUCCGCUAUUUGCAGCAAGACUGGCAUUUCUUCUUAUAUCCCUCAGGGGAGCCUUCAAUCUCUGAUCAGUCUUCAGAACGCCCUCCCUAUGGCACCUUCUACAACACUGAUGCUGGGAUGCAUUUGUGUGUCAUCUACGCCAUUGUGAUCAGAACGAUUUGGGUCAAAAGCAAAGCCCAUGAGACAGUGAUUUCCAGCUGCUCAGAUGGAAAGCGGUGCACCAUUUCCAACUGAGGGCUCAUCUCAAAGGCAAAAAUCAAUGCCAUCAAGUAUAGCAUUGUCAUCAUUCUUGCCUUCAUCUGCUGUUGGAGUCCGUACUUCCUCUUCGAUACCUUGGACAAUUUCAGCCUCCUUCCAAACACUAAGGAGCGUUUCUAUGCCUCUGUGAUCAUUCAGAACCUGCCGGCCUUGAAUAACGCCAUCAACCCCCUCAUCUACUGUGUUUUCAGCAGCUCCAUCUGCUUCCCCUGCGGGGCUAACAGCAGUGCCUACCUCUUAGCCAGUGAUGUCUCUGUCCAUUGGGCUCUGGUCCUGACCCGUAGGAAGGAGGGCUGUGAGUGGUGGGGAAGGAAGGGAGCAAAGAUCACGGGAUUCCAGAAUGACAUGUCAGGAGAGAACUGA